GGCCUAUUGAGUUUGUACGUAAAGGGCUCGUGGAUGAUGAAGAUGACCACAAGUCGGCGCCAGCAGUAAACCCUCUGCCUGUGACGCGUGACCUUUAAACCCGCAGGGUCCCACGUGCUUUGUGAUGGAGGAGAGCUGCAGUGGAAUCAUGCCGAGGAAAGAACAGAGAGAAGAGGCGAAAAAGGUCUCACAGAAAACUGUGAAGAAGAGGAGUAAAGAAGGCGAGGAAGAGGAGCAGGACGAGAUUUUCAGCUUCAGCAAGAAACUUGCUGAGGAGGAAGAGGAGGAUGAAGAUCUCUCAGACAGCGAGGAUAGCGUCUACUCAGGAUUGGAGGAUUCUGGGAGUGACAGUGACGAUGAGGAGGAAGAGGAAAGACCAGGUGCUGAAGAAGAAGAAGAAGAUGAUGUUGAUGAUGAUGAUGAUGAUGGUGGUGAACGUCGAAAGGCAGAGCCAAAGCAGACUGAACAGAUAGAGGAGGAAAAAAAGAGGAAGAAGGGAGGAGUGAAAGAAGAAAAUAAAGAAGAGGAGUACGAACACGACUCUUCAGACGAGGAGGACAUCAGGAACACGGUGGGGAAUAUUCCCAUGGAGUGGUACAAAGACUUUCCUCACAUUGGCUAUGACCUGGAUGGGAAGAAGAUCUACAAACCAAUCAGGAGCAAGGAUGAGCUUGAUGAAUUCCUGGAGAAAAUGGAGAACCCAGACUACUGGAGAACAGUCCACGAUAAACAGACAGGAAGUGACAUCGUGCUGUCUGACGAGCAGGUGGAGCUGGUGAAUCGCCUGCAGAGAGGACAGUUUGGAGACCUCAGCUUCAAUGAGUACCAGCCUCAGGUGGAAUUCUUCAGUAAAGACCUGAUGAUCCACCCGGUCACUAACAGACCAGAACAUAAACGCAGCUUCAUCCCGUCUCUCACUGAAAAGGAGAAAGUCUCUAAGCUUGUUCAUGCUAUAAAGAUGGGCUGGAUCAAACCUCGGCGGGUGGAGGAUGACAGCAGGGGGCGUUACUACGACCUCUGGGCCAGUGAAGACUCGUCUCUUCUGGCCAAACACAGGAUGCACCUGCCUGCCCCCAAAAUCCCUCUACCGGGCCACCAUGAGUCCUACAACCCCCCACCUGAGUAUCUGUUCACUGAGGAGGAGCGAGCUCUGUGGGAGCAGCAGGAUCCAUCAGACAGGAAGAUUCCAUUUGUUCCCAGGAAGUUCUCCAGCCUCCGUCAGGUUCCUGCAUUUCCUCGUUUCAUCCACGAGAGGUUCGAGCGCUGCCUCGAUCUUUACCUGUGUCCCCGCCAGAGGAAGAUGAGGGUGAACGUCAAUCCAGAGGACCUGAUUCCCAAACUUCCCAAACCAAAAGACCUGCAACCGUUUCCAACAACACAGUCUCUGGUGUAUCGGGGACACAGUGGUCUGGUCCGUUCCAUCAGCGUGUCUCCAUCAGGACAGUGGCUCGCUUCAGGUAGUGAUGAUGGUUCUGUGAGGUGCUGGGAGGUGUGUUCGUCUCGCUGCAUGAAGACGUUUCAAGUGGGUGGAGCUGUGAAGAGCGUCGCCUGGAACCCAAACCCGUCUGUCUGCCUGCUGGCUGUUGCCACGGACUCUGUAGUGUUGAUCCUGUCUCCCUCUCUGGCAGACAGACAGGUUGUUUUGUCAACAGAGCGACUCCUGACUGGUCAUCUGGAGGCAGAGGAGGCAGAGGGGGUGGAGUCUGUCACCUGGAGUGAGGGGGAGGGGGAGGGGCUUAACCAGGGGAUCCGCCUCAAAAUACAUCACCCCAAAGCUGUUCACCAGGUGGUGUGGCAUGCUAAAGGAGACUACCUGGCCUCGGUUAUGCCGGAUCACUCGAGCCACCUGCAGGUGUUCAUCCACCAGGUGAGCCGGAGGAGGAGCCAGAACCCAUUCAGGAAGAACAAAGGUCUGGUUCAGUGUGUAUCCUUCCACCCCAUCAGGCCCUACUUCUUUGUGGCAACGCAGCGCUCUGUCCGGAUCUACAACCUGGUGAAACAGGAAAUGACCAAAAAACUACAGGCCAACUCCAAGUGGAUCUCCAGCAUGGCAGUCCACCCUGGAGGUGAUCAUGUGAUCUGUGGUAGUUAUGACUGCAGGCUGAGCUGGUUCGACCUCGACCUCUCAACCAAACCUUACAAGAUGUUACGACACCAUAAGAAAGCGGUGAGAGGUGUGGCCUAUCACAGACUUUAUCCACUGUUCGCUUCAGCAUCUGAUGACGGAUCUGUUAUCGUCUGUCACGGAACUGUUUACAACGACCUCCUGCAGAACCCGCUGAUCGUCCCGGUGAAGGUUCUCAGAGGUCAUGUGAUCACACAUGACCUCGGUGUGCUCGAUGUGACCUUUCACCCCUCACAGCCGUGGAUCUUCUCCUCCGGAGCCGACGCCACCAUCCGACUCUUCACUUAGCAACCUGCAUCCCCAGCAAACAGCUCCCCCUGCCUGUGCUGUCCUAGCAACCUGCCUGGCACCCCAGCAGUGGUCAGCACUGACAGGUUGCUAGGAUACCACCUGCUGCCCUUGUUUGACCUUGUUACUCUUUUCUUUGUGUUUUGUUUUUAAUUAAAUCGAAACUUUAUGACCA